AUGGCUGGCUGGUGGACUUGGCACCUCUCUCAGGCCCAGCAGCUGCUCCGCACCCCUGGUGCCCAGAGGGAACUGGACAGUCCAAGUUCUUCAGCCAAAACUGGAGUGGGAGAAUGUGUUGGGUCGGCUUUGGUGACUUGAUUCAUGGAAAACACCUCCCUAUCGGAGCUGCUGCAGCACCAGCGCCCUGGGCCCUGGCUGUGACUGCUCCGCUGCCUCCUGCCACGCGAGGUUGUUUACCUGCACAACCUGAACCCGGUACUGCUGCACUGAGGCCUCAAGCCCUCCAACGUCCUGCUGGACCUAGAGUUGCGUGCCAAGCUGGCAGAUUUUAGCUUGUCAACAUUUUAAGGUGGUUUUUUUUUUGUCAGGGGCAGGGUUCGGUGAGUAGGGGGCGCCCUAAGCUAUUUAGCCCCAGAACUGUUGGCUGAUGUAAACCAGAGGGCCUCCAUGGACAGUGAUGUCUACAGCUUUGGGAUCUUAAUAUGGGCAGUGCUAGUCAGAAGAGAAGCUGAAAGGAUGGUGAUCCAGACAUGGCUGGCGCAGGUAGCAAUGUGUGAGAAACAGAACCGGCCCCUUCUGAGUGAGCUACCAGAGCCCAGGCCCAACACUCUUGGCUUGGAAGGGCUGAAGAAGUUAAUGCAGCACUGUUGGAGCCAUAAGCCCAAGGAUAGGCCCUCCUUCCAGGACUGCUGAUCAAAAACCUCUGAAGUGUUCCUUCUGGAGCAGGACAAGAGGGAUGCUGCUGUCUCCAUGGUGAAGAAGUUUCUUUCUGAGCACAGGAGAAGCAAUAGAAGGUUGUUUUCCUUAGAACCAGGCCGAGGAGAGACGGAAAUGGAUGACCCAGGGGGAAUCAUGGGAAGCCUGUGCUCUUGGAAUGAUUCCACAGUCUCUGAGAGCCUGAACAGCCUGCACCUGGAGGAGUGCCCCAGCACUGUUCUUAAAAAAUGUACAAGCCUUACUGAGAUCAGGACACAGAGAGAGCAGGUUCAGGAUACCAAGAUAGCAGGGGCAUCUUCAGAUUCAACUACCUGACUGCCCCAAACUCCAAAGACCUCACCUUUCAGAAGCCAGAUACCCAACCCACCUCAGGGUGAACGCGAGGUGCCGCUGCUCCGCCUAAUUUUGCUGCUAAUUUCUCUUAAAGGGCAGCUGUCUAUCGUCCUGGACGGGUGCCAAGGGGUGCAGAUAGGAAACAACAACUACUUGAACAUACUAGGGAGACCCACCCUGCCCACACAGGGCCCGGCACCUCCCAGCGUGGGUAGGGGCUGGCAGAACCUUCCAGGAGUAAGUUCUGAAGAAGGACCUGAAGAGCCUGAAGCCUGGAGUAGGUCACAGGGCGAAUAUAAGAAUGUGAAUUGCUGCACCUUCUAAACCGUCUCAGGGAUGAGGCAGCAAACACCCCUUUUUGAAGCGGCGACUUUCUUGGGGAACCUGCCGCCACCACCCGGGCAGACUUUAUGAACUGCCCGCAGGGAGAACUCAGUCAAUAAAUGUUGUGGAAUUUUAGCCAAAGCGCGAAGCUGGAGGGUGAGGCUAAGGCGUCCUCCAGAGGCCGGGAGGGACAGCGAUGGUGGGCCGGUGAGCUGGCAGUGAGGGAGGGGGAGGCACUGUAUCCUCGCCAAGGCCGGAAGCCAGGAUGCUGGGGGCUGGGGCCUGGCAACGGCGUGGCACACAAGGUCAGGGCCCAGACCGUGGCAGGAAGGAAUCCCUGAGGCCUGGCUCCCCGGGCAGC